GUACUACGCCUCGUACCCGUCGCCGCGGCCCCGAUCGGGAAGUGUCAACACGGAGCUGGGUUCCCCAGUCUUCGCGGCUACCACCUUCAGCCGAUCCCGGACCCCCUAACCAGGCCCGGGCCCAGCCGCCAUGACGAACGUGUACUCCUUGGAUGGGAUCCUGGUGUUUGGUUUGCUCUUUGUUUGCACCUGUGCUUACUUCAAGAAAGUACCUCGUCUCAAAACCUGGCUGCUAUCAGAGAAGAAGGGAGUUUGGGGUGUGUUUUACAAAGCCGCUGUGAUUGGAACCAGGCUGCAUGCUGCUGUGGCAAUUGCCUGUGUUGUAAUGGCCUUUUACGUCCUGUUUGUAAAAUGAAUUCCAACGCAUCCAUCUCAUCAGCUGCCAACCAAGAGGAUGAGGGUGAAGAACCUGUCCGGGGCCUGGGCCCAACAUGAGAGAGCUCAGCUAAAAUCAUCAAAGCCCCCAAGAUGACACCACAGCAUCUGCUCCUACCAUAUGUGGGGAAAAC